UUGAAGAACCACGGCAACACCUGUUUCAUGAACGCCGUGGUGCAGUGUCUCAGCAACACCGACCUGCUGGCCGAGUUCCUGGCGCUGGGGCGCUACCGGGCGGCGCCGGGCCGCGCCGAGGUCACCGAGCACCUGGCGGCGCUAGUGCGCGCGCUCUGGACGCGCGAGUACACGCCCCAACUUUCCGCCGAGUUCAAGAACGCUGUUUCCAAGUAUGGCUCUCAGUUCCAAGGCAAUGCCCAGCACGACGCCCUGGAGUUCCUGCUCUGGUUGCUGGAUCGGGUGCAUGAGGACUUGGAGGGCUCGUCCCGAGGACCGGGGUCCGAGAAGCCUCAGCCUGAAGCCAGCAGAACCCCCGAGAACCUCCCGUCACCAUUGGCUCAGCUUUCUCUAGGCCCAAGCUUUGUGCAGAGCCACUUUCAAGCUCAGUAUAGAUCUUCCUUGACCUGUCCCCACUGCCUGAAACAGAGCAAUACCUUCGACCCCUUCCUGUGUGUGUCACUCCCCAUCCCCCUGCGCCAGACGAGAUUCUUGAGCGUCACCUUGGUCUUCCCCUCUAAGAGCCAGCGGUUCCUGCGGGUGGGCCUGGCCGUGCCGAUCCUCAGCACAGUGGCAGCCCUGAGGAAGAUGGUUGCAGAGGAAGGCGGCGUCCCUGCGGAUGAGCUUGAAUCGUUCAGGUUUGGGCCACCUUUCCUGCUAAGGGAAGACAGAGCCAUUUCCUGGGUCCAGCUGCAAGAGUGCAUUCUCAGUAAGGUCCGAUGUGUCCUGAAGAGUGAGGCCCCCAUCCAGAACCCGGGAUCUCUGUUCUCCGUCCGGGUUGUGGGGCUUUCUCUGGCCUGCGGCUACUUAUCCCCACAGGACAGCCAUCCCCUCUGUCACUGGGCAGUGGACAGGGCUCUGCACCUCAGGAGGCCAGGGGGCCCCCCCCACGUCAAACUGGCCGUGGAGUGGGACAGCUGUGCCAAGGAGCGCCUGUUCGGGAGCCUCCAGGAGGAGCGGGUGCAGGAUGCGGACAGCGUGUGGCAGCAGCGGUGGGCCCACCAGCAGCACAGCUGUACCUUGGAUGAGUGUUUUCAGUUCUACACCAAGGAGGAGCAGCUGGCUCAGGACGAUGCAUGGAAGUGUCCGCACUGCAAGGCCCUCCAGCAGGGCAUGGUGAAGCUGAGCCUGUGGACCCUGCCGGACAUCCUCAUCAUCCACCUCAAGAGGUUCUGUCAAGUGGGCGAGAGAAGGAACAAGCUGUCCACGCUGGUGAAGUUCCCGCUCUCUGGCCUCAACAUGGCUCCCCACGUGGCCCAGAGAAGCACCAGCCCCCCGCCUGUGACGGGCCCCUGGCCCCCCUGGAAGCCCCCGGCCUGCCUGCCCGCCGGCUACCCACUGGACUUCCUAUACGACCUAUACGCCGUCUGCAACCACCACGGCAGUCUGCAAGGUGGGCAUUACACAGCCUACUGCCGGAACUCUUUGGAUGGCCAAUGGUACAGUUACGACGACAGCACGGUAGAGCCGCUCCCAGAGGAUGAGGUCAAUAGCCGAGGGGCUUACAUCCUAUUUUAUCAGAAACGGAACAGCAUCCCUCUCUGGUCAGCCAGCAGCUCCCUGAGAGGUAGGUGCUACCUCUCAGUAAGGGGAGGGGAGCUGGAAGGUACUCAAUCGAACGACAGGGACCAGGAGAGGAGGCAUGUGAUCUGGAACGGGGAGCUCUUCCUGCAGCGCGGAGAUUUGGGUACGACAGGCGAGUGUCCCGUUCAUAGGGUUGGGUGAUGGACACGGUGAAACCCAAGAAGGGGAAAGGAAUAAUACUGUGUAGCAGGUGACUCUUGGCGGUUUGGGGAUUUCAGGUUUCCGGUCUCUCAUCAAGCCAGACUUAAAAUAUUUUUAGAU